GCGCUACCCUGCUGAGCUACUGCAAAGUGCUGCGCACGCUCCCGCGAGCUGCGCGCGACGCUUGUCGGGAAGGGAGGCGCCAAAGAGGAAGAAUAUUCAAUUUUACUGUGUGUGAAUGAAAACAAUCCGUGACAAGUAUACUCGGAACAUCAGCGUUCGUCUAAUGAAACCGUGACCCAGCAGUUUAUCCUCCCGAGGAACGGAACACAUCGUUUCCUGCGUGGGAUAAAGUUCGGAGACAUGGAGGCGGACAGUGUGAGCAUAUGGCCACGCAUGGAGCCCUUCUUACUGGGCGCACUGCAGGUGGCUCCCACCUCCAAGCUCAGCCUGCACUACCUCCGGAAGAUGGCAAUCUAUGUCCAAACUCGGGAAGGCUGCUUUCCUGUCCUGGGCUGGUCCAUGUGGCGGCACAUCGCCUGUGGAAAGCUGCAGCUUCCAGAAGAUCUGGCAUGGCUCUACUUUGAGACAUUCGACCUGCUUUUGGGUCACACUCCAGAGGAAAGGCUGGAGCGGGCAGAGUGCAUGUCCCAGUGCUCCUCCAAAAGCGAGUUGGAUCAGCAAAGAAGUAAGUUGUCAGUGGAUACGCUUCAGUUCCUCCUCUUCCUCUACAUCCAGCAGCUGAACCGCGUGUCUCUGCGGACGUCUCUGAUCGGUGAGGAGUGGCCCAGUCACCGAGCUCGCUCCCCCUCUCCAUCGGAGCGAGAGACCAAGGCCAGCUCUCAGAACAAGAAUUGGGACGAUCAGGCUCAUCUGUUGUUUGUUCAGAACCACUUGGCAGAUUUUUUGGAGCUGGUGGUAGAACCGGGGCAGUUGUCUCAGUCGGGACAGGCCCAAAGAGACUCCCAGAUCUCCCUGGAAGCCGUGCGGAGUUUAGGCCUCCUCCUGGAGGGCUCGGUUGGCCAUGGAAAAGGCAUCCAGCCCAUCCACAAGCUGUUGACCAAAGGGCCCCUCCAAACACAGUCUGGCUACUCCAUCUUGAGCCGUUCCUUCCCUCUGCACAAACUCCUCUCAUGUCUCCAACAAAACCUCACCCUCAACCCCUUUGGGAUGACCGCCUGCCUCCGCUCAGGGAAGAAACUAGCCUGGGCCCAGCAAGUGGAAGGAGCCAUGAAAAGAGCUAAGAUAGCCCGCAACACCCACAUGGCCCCACCCGGCAGCAAGAUGGUGCUGAUGUCCCAGGUCGUCAGACAGACUCUGGCUAAAACAUCCGACAAGCUGACCGGUGCCAACAUCAAGAUCCACAGAUGUUCUGAUGCCUUUAUAUAUCUCUUAUCUCCUCUCAGAUCCGUCAGUGUGGACAAAUGCCGUGACAGCACAGUGGUUCUGGGUCCAGUCCAGACCAGCGUCCACAUCCACAGCUGUCAGAAUGUACGUGUGGUGUGUGUCGCCGGCAGGGUGGUGAUCGGCGCCUCCUCGCGCUGCACCAUCCACGCCCUGACCCCCACCUGCCCGCUGCUCUUGCCUGGAAACUCUGAGAUAACCCUGGGUCCCUUCCACAUUUUCUACCCCUCCCUGGAGGACCACAUGGCCAGUGUGGGUCUCGCUGUGGUCCCCAAUGCCUGGGAUCAGCCCUUGGUUCUGGGAACCGAGGGCCUCGCCAGCCCCCCACUCAGCUCGGCCUCCAGCUCGGACGGCACCUGCUACCGCCUGCUGCCUCCCUCCGAGUUUCACACGCUGGCUGUGCCUUUCCAGAUGGAGGGCGACACAUGCGAGGUGCCUGGCGGCCUGCCCCCGGCCUACCAGGCAGCACUGAGGGAAAAGCAGAAAAGGAUACAGAACUGGCAGAAAACAGUGAUGGAGGCCCGACUGAACAAGGAGCAGAAGCAGCAGUUUCAGGAGUUGGUGGAGUUGAAGUUCCAUGAGUGGCUUUUGGAAACUGGCCACCGACAGGAACUGGACAGUCUGAUCCCAAGCCUGGCCAACUCUCAGAAGAACUCCGACGGAGCGGCGACAGACUCCAGCCGAGUUAAAGAUGCUAAACCCAUCCAGACGACUGCUGCUUAUUGAGCUUGUGACUCGCUGUUGUGUAGGAGUUAGGUUUCUGACCUGAUCCGGAACACCUCACAGGCAGACUGCAUCCUGUGAGCCAAGUGACGGGUUCUGGUUGGGGCAGUUGCUGCGCUGCAGGUUCAGGUGUGACCUGUUUUCAGGCUCAAAAUAGGCAGCUGAGUCCUCUACAUGAAAGAGCAGGCAAAGAAGGAGAUCGGCAUGUUGUAGAGCAACAUAGCAACAGGUUGCUGUUCUUGGAACAACACUCGACAAAAUGCACAAAUAUGACAAGAUUUCAAGAUUUAACUUUUAGAGAAAAACGACUCCUUUAGUUUGGUUAAAGGAUGGCUUAAAUUAGUUAAAGUAGAACAAGAGUCCAUCCACAAGAGUUGUGAGUUUUUUUUUGGUUUUCAUUUUUUACCCAGGUGAAACCAGUUGACCAAGAAAAAUCCUAAGAAUCAGUUUCCUUUUCCACCCCAAGGCAUUAUCAUUGUCUUUCCAGUACUGUUCAUAGUUUAAACCUUCAUAAGCAUCCACAUUCUUUGCCUACAUUCAAAGAAUAGUAGUCAUUUAUGGAAGCUUGUUUUAACUUCCACUGUAACUUACAAGGUAAACAUGAGGCAUAUUAACUGUUACUGGCCGAACUGUGAGGUUCAGUUCUUCCAGUACUUCCUGCCUUGUGUCACACAGAGAGUACUCUGAACAGAAGUGCAGUGCAGAAUAUUCCGAGAACUGCUUAUAGAAACUAAAGUGAGCAGCAGUAAACCAGGAAGAAGCUCUGGUGGAGUCUUUAUGUCGAGUUCUGUUUAUGUCUGCGGCCAGAACUUGGAUCUGGAAUAUACGCCACGACCCGUUCAUGUAGAAGGUGGAAAACCAGUCGGGUCUUCUAAUCACCAAACCCAAAACACCGGGAGUUGAUCGGUAUCCAUCACUAUGGGAGUCUUGCAGUUUGAUAAUCCUGUGAAAAUACAAGUUUUGUAGUACAAACAGAAAAAUCAAAAAGAAAGAUUGCCUAAAGAUAAUUCACCUUAAUUUAAGUAAAAAAAAAAAAAAAAAGCAACAAAUGUUCUUAAUACUACCAAAAUUCUAAGAUAUUGAUACUUUUAAUAUAGAUCUCUAUGCAAUGUAUUAUUGAUAAGUUUAAUACUUGUGUGUAGAAUAUUGUAGUAUUUCUUAUUUUGCUCUUUAUAGAAUUAAACUGGUCAAGCAAGCAGUUUGAGGCCUUAAAUUUUAAAAGCUCUACCUGGAUCCCAGGAUCCUUUCCAUGCCUGUUAAUCAGGACCACAUUAAGGUGAAAGUGCUUCAGAUUAACUCAGAUGGGCAGAAAUAAACGUAUUUUAAACCUUUGGAAGCCAUGUUGAAUUUUAAAAUUUGAUUGGUGAGAAUCAGAUUUUCCCCUUGGAAAUCCAACUGUUUGUUGUUGCUUCUUCAAAAUUCCCAGCUUUUAUUUUGAAACAUCCACCUUUUCACACACAAUGCCAAUGGAUCUGGUUCAUCUUUCUUUGGUUCUUUUCUAUUAUUUCUUUUUGUAUUUCAGUGCCACCCAGGUUCUGUGUCUUGAGUUACCCUCAGCCAGGUUGGGCAGAUGCUGAUCUGCAGCCAGAUGGAUGAAAGUGUUGAGAUAAAAAAAAGACUUGGUGUGUGUGGUGCUGCACUGUGAUCCUCCUGGCAGCCUCUUUGUCCUUUUUUUCUGUUUCAGUGUGGAUUUAUCCUGUUCUUACAGCAGGAACAACCUGCUGGGCUGACAUGUGCCAAGUAACAAGCAUGCUACAAACACAAUUAUUUCACAUGUGUGAAUAUUUGUGAACAUUAGCUGUUGGAUUAUUUUUCAUAAACCCUCCGUUAGAAGAUGUAUUACCUCAAAGUGUUUCUCACUAGCUUAUUUGCACUCACCUCACUUGCUUCCAGCGUAUUUACAGUUGAUGUGUAACAGGCACAUUGCUCACAGAGAGCUCACUGCAAAAACACUAAAUCAAGUAUUUUUGGUCUAGUUCAAACAUCUUACUACACUCGAAAUGAGACACUGUUUUACAAGUAACUUUUCAGUAAGACAAAGGAGCUUGUUUUAACUCAAUUCCUUAAUGUUGAUGAAAAAGUACUAGUUCCAUUUGCAGAUUAUUUUAUUUAUAAUGACUUUUUUCUCCCUUGUUAUAAGUCAAAUAAUCUGCCAGUGGAACUACAACUUUUUCAUCAACAUGAAGGAAUUAUUGACUUAAAACAAAGCUCCCACAUCUUACUGAAAAUUUACAUCUCUUAUUUCUAGUGUCUAAGAUAUUUGCACUAGAAACCAGACCAAGAAUACUUGGUAAGAUUUAGUGUUUUUGCAGUGCUGCUGCUGCUGCUUUGUGUUGAUGAGGGAAGUUACUGUAAAACACUAUGUAUUUGAAGAUGUGUACACUGAAAAAAAAGGCCUUACCGCUGAUGUCUGCUACCUAAAUGUCCCUGCUGCUGUAGCUGCUCUGUAAUAAGUACAGGACAUUUCAUGAUCAAGUGGAAACUAAUAAAAGGUUUGCCAGAACUACAA